AUGCUUAUGGGGGCGUCACCGUGCCCCAGAAGGCGUCACCACGUCCCAGAAGGCGUCACCACGCCCCCAGAAGGCGUCACCACGCCCCCAGAAGGCGUCACCACGCCCCAGAAGGCGUCACCACGCCCCCAGAAGGCGUCACCACGCCCCAGAAGGCGUCACCACGCCCCAGAAGGCGUCACCACGUCCCAGAAGGCGUCACCACGCCCCCAGAAGGCGUCACCACGCCCCCAGAAGGCGUCACCACGCCCCAGAAGGCGUCACCACGCCCCAGAAGGCGUCACCACGCCCCCAGAAGGCGUCACCACGCCCCAGAAGGCGUCACCACGCCCCAGAAGGCGUCACCACGCCCCCAGAAAGCGUCACCACGCCCCAGAAGGCGUCCCCAUGUCCCCAGAAGGCGUCACCGUGCCCCGGGUGACCGUGGACACAGAAAGGCAUCGAAGUGUCACAGAAAGACAUCGAAGUUACUCCCGGAGCACUGGGGACGCAGGAGACAUCGAAGUGUCACAGAAAGACAUCGAAGUUACUCCCGGAGAACUGGGGACGCAGGAGACAUCGAAGUGUCACAGAAAGACAUCGAAGUUACUCCCGGAGCACUGGGGACGCAGGAGACAUCGAAGUGACAUAGAAAGACGUCGAAGUUACGGAGGCACUGGGGACGCUGGAGACAUCGAAGUGACAUAG